CUAUUUUGGCAUUUACCUGUUUAACCAACUGUAGUGAAAGUGCGCCCAUUUAAUUAGGCGUGUCGCAGUCUACCUGUAUGGCCUUACAGCCUACCUGUGGACGGGGGUGUUAGGUACGAGCAACUUGGGUCUUUCCUCUUCAUUUCCCCCGCCUUCUUGUACAGGCGGACUGUGUGUCUCUACUCCGGUUUUUUGUGAUAACCGCUCGAGGAACUGGCAGAUAGUCCUACCGCGAGCAAGAGAUGGGGAACACGGUAACGAGGGAUGACUUCGAGUGGGUGUAUACGGAGCAACCGCACUGUAGUCGGAGGAAACAGAUACUAGCCAAGCACCCGGAGAUCAAGUCCUUGAUGGGCCCUGACCCCCAGCUCAAGUGGGUGGUGACAGCCAUGGUCCUGACCCAGGUGCUCUGCUGCUUCCUGGUACGUGACCUCAGCUGGAAGUGGCUCAUCUUCUGGGCCUACAUGUUCGGCGGUUGCAUCAACCACUCCCUCACGCUCGCCAUCCACGACAUCUCGCAUAAUGUGGCCUUUGGGAAUAAGGACGCGAUGUGCAACCGCCUCUUUGGCAUCUUCGCCAACCUACCAAUUGGCGUGCCCUACUCCAUCAGCUUCAAGAAGUACCAUGUGGACCACCACCGUUACCUGGGUGGCCACGGACUUGACGUGGACGUCCCGACCCACCUGGAGGCUCGUCUCUUCAGCUCCCCCGCCCGCAAGAUCCUGUGGCUCUUCCUGCAGCCGCUAUUCUACGCGCUUCGUCCCCUGGUGGUCAACCCCAAGCCUGUAGGCAGGCUCGAGCUGUUGAAUUUAAUGGUGCAGCUAGCAUUCAACACUUUCGUAGUGUACUUCUGGGGGAUUAAGCCUCUGGUCUACCUGAUAGCAGGUUCGCUGUUGUGUAUGGGACUGCACCCGAUCUCGGGGCACUUUAUCGCCGAACACUAUAUGUACCUGAGCGGGAUCGAGACGUACUCGUACUACGGGCCACUGAACUAUAUCACAUUUAACGUGGGCUACCACAUGGAGCACCACGACUUUCCCAGCAUCCCCGGCAGCCGCCUCCCUCAGGUGAAACAGAUGGCUCCAGAGUUCUAUGAUGAUUUACCACAGCAUGACUCAUGGACACGGGUGCUCUGGGACUUUGUGUUUUGUGAUUCGCUUGGACCUUACUCCAGAAUUAAACGCACCUUCCCAUUGGCUAAGCAAGACUAAGAGCCCAUGCUCUUGAGCUCUUCUGACCAAUGAUCUUCCACAAAAGCGGCUUGACAACCCAGCUGGCGGGGAGUGAAAGGCUUCUCAUUUCUUGUCCAGAUCUUUUACUCUGCAGACAAGACUGACGUGCUGGUGUCACAUUCAACCCACCAGCAUGAAGACUCUUAACACUUUUGAAUGUUGUUACUUUAGAUAUAUUGUAAACUAUGCUAUCCAGAUUUAUUGUAUAAACUGGGUAGAAUAAAAGGUACUCUGCU